UCCUGUCGCGCGCUGGGCGCUGCGUUUCUUUUUUCUUUAUAAAAGCGGCCACUGUGCGCGGCGCAGGUCAAAGCACCCUACCCCUCCCAAGGCCUCCUCGAGAUUCAAGAAGAAGCCGAGGGGAGGUAACCGGAAAGGCGAGCGAGAGAGAUCAUCAGGGGGAGAUAGGCGCCAUGCUCCCGGCCGCCAAUGUGACGGCGCGGCAGCGCGGGAGCGCCCCCCGCCUCGCCGCGGCGGUGCUCCUGCUAGCGCUGCUCGCGCUCUGCUUCCUCGGCCGCGCCGACGCCGUGGCUUCUCUCGCCGGUCGUGCACCUGCGGCGGAGGAGAAGGGAGUGGCGAGCGCGCUGGAACAGGAGAAUGCUGGAGCACAGGAGGUGGAGCGCGGGCACUACACGACCUUGUCGGCUGAGGCGGUGGCGGGGGAGGAAGACGAUGGGCCAAUGAUGCCGGAGAGGGUGGAGCUGGAGGUGAUCCAGGACUACAGGACCAGCGCCAACACCAGGCACGACCCACAACACCCAUGAUCGGCGAUCGCCGGCAGCUGGAUCGCCGCCGCAUGGGGAGCAAUCGAUGACAGCCUCUGUAGCUUUAUGGCAGCAGGAGCAGGACUAAGCAGCAGGAUCACUAGAGUAGUGGCAGUACUUGUAGCGGAUGCCGGCGUGCGUGUGCGUGCUCAGCAAUCACUUCGUCUUCUUAUCUUCUUCUCUUUGCUCUUCUUUUCGCCUCAGAUCGAUCGAUGCCUAUCUCCACGUCUCGUCACUCCAUACAAGAGCAAGUAGACUUCAUUUUUGCUUUGUUGUUGUGUCGGUACGGUGACUCCUCAGUCAUCACUGUGAUCCUAGCUGGUUAUUAACAUGCGACUCAAUCCUUGUUUAAUUUGGUCUGUCA